AUGGCGGAGAGGCGGCCCAGCUACAGGGACGGCGACAGGGCGGCGGCAGGCGAGCCGGGAAGGCACUGGAGGCCGCCGCGCGCGCAGACACACGGUGGUGGAAAUGUCUCUGUCCCACUGUGGGAGAGGAAAUUUUGCACUGAUGCUUGUUUUAUCCCCUGGGGUAAGCUGUGCGAGACGAAGAAAUUGAUGUCGAUGUAUGCAAAUAUUGUUGACUGGGAUGAUUCAGCUGCGUUUGAAGCCUUCAAAGAUGCAAAGGACCGUUUCUAUGCUGUAUAUCAUGGUCAACCAUGUAACAUCCCUCUUCCUGACCCAAACAUGUAUAUUGGUGUGGUCAACCCAGAUGAGUAUCUUGAUCCUGAACUGAUUGCUGAUCUGGAGAGGUCACGGCGCUCUGUUCCCAGAAGGGACAACACUGCGCCAGAUGGCUGGGACUCCUUCAUCUUCACUGACAAGCCAGUUCCGGCCACAGGAUGGGGUGAUGGGGAAACAACCAACACAAUUGGUCAGCAAUGCUCGGUGAACUGGGAUAAUUAUGUGGAACAGCCCAUUGAAGCCAAUUGCAAUCAAAGCUCAGCGAACUGGGAUAAUUAUGCUAGUCAGCCUGCUGAAACAUUUGUUCAGCAAAGCUCUUGGGACAUGUAUGCAGAACAGCAAGGUCAGACAAGCAGCUGGGGGGCUCCAGUCAUGCCCGGCACAUCCAAUUGGGACAUGAAUGGCGACUCCCAGCAGGCAUGGAACCAUGACUAUGGUUGGGGCUCUGCAGCCGUUCAGACUGAUUCAUGGGGCAACCAAAGAGAUAGCUACUGUGUGCCUGACAGCCAAGCUCAAGGCAGCUCAUAUGGACACUGGAAAAGGCGGAACAAUGAGUCGGGCAGAAGGAACAGCAGGAACAGAGAAAGAGGUGGCCCUAUUGGCUCAAAGGCCAUGAAAUCAAAGUACCAAGCGGACGAGCAUGGCGGCGCAAACAACAGCUGGAGGCCCUGCCGUGUAAGAGAUAGCAUGCACUACUCUUAUGAGCAGCCUGGCUACGGCAACCAGUCGCUAGCAAUGUAAGAAUGACGAAGACGCUUGCGUGUUGGCUGCAUUGGAGGUGCCAUUUUGGACAUCUUCAGCUGUUAGAAUAGAGCUAUCCAAGGACCUGUAGGUUAUGUGACGUUCCUGUAGAUGGUAAUGACUUUUGUCACGCAAUUUGCGCCUUGUGUAAAUAUGUUUUGAGCUCAGUUGUUCUGUUUAGUGGCUGUAUUGCAGCAUCGAUGUUGUUCUGAAUAGCUGAGUAACAGAGAGAUCUUGUGUUAAGAUUGCUUAAUGCCAGCAAGUCGUAAUUCGGGUUUCUAUGU